AGAACUGUCCCUAUGGUCGAUAUCUAAUAAAGCAACCUCACAGUAAAAAAGUAAAAACAACUUUGGUUGCAAAUCAAUGUCACCACCACACUCAGUUCCAGAUCCAAACGGCACCGGAACUUAACUACCCACAACAGUACCCAACAUCAUCAUUUUAUUAUGUUCUUUAUCUCUCUUCUCUCUCUCUCUCCCUCUCUCCCUCUCCGUGUCCGUAACAUCUUAUUUGUACUAGGCUUAGUUCGGUGGUUGUGGUUGUCAGUAGCAUUGUAAAACCGCAUGUCGGGGAAUUAUGUUCAUUCCUUAGUUCGGGUGGUACCAGGUUGCAUUUUGUAAUUUGCAGCGUUUUCUAGAAGAUAGAAAGGAAGAGAAAAUGAGGAUCAGGAACAAAUACAAGAAACCAACAACUUUACGUUGCGAUGCAGGGAGCAGAUGUUCUAUUUCUGUUUUGGUAUUGAGCUUGUUAGGGUGUCUUCUUUUGCUUCAAGUAUAUUCCUAUAUUCAUCACACAGACAACAGACACGGUGGAGAGCCUCAGUUGCGAGCGAUUCAUCAUCAUCCCCAAUUUCGUGAACUUCAAGAAGUAGAAGAGGAAAGCAUUCAUAUUCCACCACCGAGGGGAAAGAGGUCCCCUCGGGCAGUAAAGCGCAGACCUAAACGGACAACUACACUGAUCGAUGAAUUUUUGGAUGAAAAUUCCCAACUGAGACACGUCUUUUUUCCUGGUCAUAAAAGAGCUAUAGGUCCAACUCAGCCUACCGAGAAUGACAAGUAUUACUAUUACCCAGGGAGAAUGUGGUUGGAUACCGAUGGACAUCCUAUUCAAGCCCAUGGAGGAGGCAUUCUGUAUGAUAAAAGUUCAAGGACAUACUAUUGGUACGGUGAGUAUAAAGAAGGGCCUACUUAUCAUGCCCACAAGAAAGGAGCCGCUCGGGUGGACAUUAUUGGAGUUGGUUGUUAUUCUUCUAAGGAUUUGUGGACCUGGAAACACGAAGGGAUUGUAUUGGCAGCAGAGGAAACAAAUGAAACCCAUGAUCUGCACAAGUCUAACGUGCUUGAGAGGCCAAAAGUGAUUUACAAUGAGAAGACUGAAAAGUAUGUGAUGUGGAUGCAUAUUGAUGAUGCUAACUAUACCAAAGCGUCUGUUGGCGUAGCAAUAAGUGACACACCCGACGGUCCUUUUGAUUAUCUCGGUAGCCAAAGGCCCCAUGGAUAUGAAAGCAGGGAUAUGACAGUUUUCAAAGACGAUGAUGGCGUCGCAUAUCUAAUUUACUCCUCAGAAGACAACAGUGAACUUCACAUCGGACCACUUACUGAAGAUUAUCUCAACGUAACAUCCGUCUUGAGAAAGAUUCUUGUUGGACAGCACAGAGAAGCACCAGCUCUAUUCAAGCAUCAAGGUACAUAUUACAUGAUCACAUCAGGCUGUACGGGGUGGGCCCCAAACGAGGCAUUGGCUCACGCGGCAGAGUCAAUCAUGGGGCCUUGGGAAACAAUGGGAAAUCCUUGCAUGGGAGGAAACAAGAUGUUUAGACUCACCACUUUCUUUGCUCAAAGCACUUUUGUGCUUCCUAUAACCGGGUUUCCAGGAAUGUUCAUCUUCAUGGCAGAUCGAUGGAAUCCAGCCGAUUUAAAGGACUCGAGAUACGUAUGGUUGCCUUUGAUAGUGGCAGGACCUGCUGAUGAGCCUUUACAGUAUAGUUUUGGAUUCCCAUGGUGGUCAAGAGUUUCUAUCUAUUGGCACAGAAAAUGGAGGUUGCCUCAAGGCUGGAACCCCUUUGAAAUAAUAUAGGUUGUUGUCUUUUGUACAUUCAUGGACACCAUAUACAAAAACAAUUGGGUAGAUACUAAACCAUGUUGCGUUUUAAGCACGGUUGUUCGAUGGUUCGCACACUACUCAUAAACGGAUAUAGAAACACAAAGUCUCAAUAACGUUCAGCGGUUUUGACGGUUGACAUCUCUUAAUAUUUUAGGGUAAUUUGAGGGAGAGGAUGUAUGUCAAGAAAGAUUAUCCAUGUGAUCAUUGGAGUUUUGUUAAUAAUCCAGCAUUGUUGAUCUGUUGUGCCGCGACAUGUGUGUAAAAUUAGUUAUGUAAAUGAUUCUUUCAUGUGUGUACUUUAUGUUGAUUUUUUUUCUGUUUCUUUGGUUACCACUGGCUACACCAAUCUGGAAUUUUCAGAUUUACCUUUUGUCUUGUUUUACCCUACUUUAAUAGACUCUUAACAUCAAAUGAAA